AUGGGCAAACGCAAAGCUGCUCCCUUCAGUGGGCAACAAAAUGUUUCUACCUUUCCAACAGUACCUAAUUUUCCAACCUUUUUCAUUAUCAAAAGAUCAUCUGCUACUAAUGAUACAUUUCAUUCAGUCUCUCCGUUUCUUGUUGAAAGAUGUAUAACUGGCAAUAUUGGUGAGGUUAAAAGUACUAAAAAACUUCGAUCUGGCGAUUUGCUGGUAGAAGUGCAAUCUCGUAAACAAUCUGUACAAAUUAUGAAAUUAAAAUCAUUCGAAAAUAUACCAGUUGUUGUUUUUCCACAUUCUUCACUGAAUUCCUCCAAUGGUGUCAUUUCCUGUGGGGAGCUAUUCAAUGAACCGAUAGAUGCAAUAACUAAAGAGUUGAAAGGACAAGGGGUUAGCCAUGUACGGCGUAUAUCGAUACGGAGAGAUGGCCAGCUCCUAAAUACCAAACAUCUGGUUCUUACUUUUAGUUUCAACAAAUUACCCGAGUACAUUAAGGCGGGGUACAUGCGCCUGUUGGUUCGACCAUAUAUACCGAAUCCGCUUCGUUGUUUUAAGUGCCAACGGUUCGGACAUUCAAGAACUUCUUGCCGAGGGACAUUAACUUGCGCCCGCUGUGCAGAAGUAGGUCACGAUAGUUCGGAAUGCACAUCUAGGGAGAAAUGCUUUAAUUGUCAAGCUCGUAAACUUGUAAAAUCACAAACUCCUGUAUCUGGAACCAGCUACUCGUCUAUGAUGAAAAAACCACCUGCAACUGAUCGUAUUCAAAACAAAAGAAACAAUAUACUUACUGAUAAUAGUCCCGAGUCCGCUAUUGUAACGUCAUUGCCAGUAGAUCUCAAUAGUAAAAAUGUUAACCAGCCAACUGUUCAUGAACAUGAAACCCUUCAUACUUCACCUCGACAAGUCUCCCAACCUAUGACAGACUCAAAUUUGAGCUCUUCGAUUAAUUCUAAAUCAGCAGAUAAAAUGGAUGAAGCCAAGCCUGAGCUUGAAUUCAUGACCACAAAUAAACCCAAACCAAACACUGACAGCGAAAUAGAAUCGGAUAAUGCAAUAGAAUACAACCCUCAUGAAACAAUUGACGAAACACCACUUGCUGCUGAACAUUCUACCGAUUCCACCACAGUUGAUAAAACUGUUUUUAAACAAAGACGCCAAGAAUGUCAAGUUAAAUGGAUUAAUCUUAAAAAUUUUUACAGUGAAACUUCAAGUACCCCUAUACAUAGCAAAUACUUGAAGAAACACCGAAUCAAAAGAUUGCAAUGA